AUGACCAAACCCAAAACGACCCUCAACCCUGUCGAAUACACCUACGGCGCACCCAACACCGGCGCCACCGCCCACUCAGUCGAACACCCGGAGCCCAUAUCAGCAGUGGAAGUCCACAUCGCCGGCAUCCUUGUCACAGUAUUUGGACUUUCGGAACUUCCACCCGCCAGCGAAAGCGCGUCGGUCUCAGCACUAUGGCUCCUCCACCCCCGCCUUCAAACGAAAGCAUGCAUGGCACCGUUCGCUGCACAUUUAAUCACCGAAUGGAACACACACCGCAGCAACAAUAUAUCAGGCACGAAAUCAAGGGGUUUAAUAGCCAUCUCUUUCGACCAGCGCAACCAUGGCUCGCGCCUAGCCUCUCCCCUCGCCAAUGAAGCCUGGCGCGGCGGCAAUGAAAACCAUGCUCUGGACAUGUACAGCAGUUACGCAGGCACCGCACAGGACACAUCCCUACUCCUCGACUACCUCCCGGGCUACAUCUUCCCAGACUCAACUCGCACAAUCGACCAUAACGUCGUGCUCGGCAUCUCCCUCGGCGGCCACGCAGCCUGGCACGUCAUCGCCCACGAUCCCCGCUUCAGCGCUGCCAUCCCCGUCAUCGGCUGCCCGGACUACGCACGCCUGAUGGCCGAUCGAGCCCGCCUGAGUAAACGGAAACACUGGCUUGAGUCCCAAGGAAGGAAGUUUCUGGGCAGUCCCGAUUUUCCGCCCAGUCUGAUACAGAGUCUGCGGCGCACGGAUCCCGCGGCGUUUAUUUCUUCACACCUACGCGAUACACCAACGGAGCAGGCUUUCCUCUCGACUUCAUCACUCACGGCGGAUGACAGAGCGGCCCUUGCACCCGUGAUGGCGCGAUGCUUCGGGAAUAAACGAAUCCUGGUCCUCUCCGGUGGGGACGAUAAACUCGUCAGCUAUGCGCACAGUAAGCCGUUCUUAGACUGGUUGAAGCGGUCCUCGGCAGAAGGGGGUUGGUUCAACGGCGGAGACCUGCAUCUCGAGGACCAUGUAUUCGACGGCGUCGGGCAUGAGGUACCGGCGUCAAUGGUCGAGAAGAUGGUUGUGUUUGUCAAUGAAACACUGGAUGCGGAGGUCGCGAGGUCGUCUCAGCAUCAGAGAAAGAAAAGUGAGAGCAAGAUAUGA